GGGCGGACGCGGGUCGCCGUUACCUCCCUCCCUCCCUGCCCUUCGGGGGCCCUGUCCCCAGCCUGGGUCGGCAGCCGCGGGAGUGUGACCGCGCCUUUGUUCCCGAGCCUCUGCCGGGACUAUACGACCCCCAACCCCCAGGGGUUUGGGUGGGGGUCGGGAGUGGCUCUGCCUCGGGGCUCAGAGGCAGCCCGGGUCCUUGGCGGCCCUGGAAGGCAGUGACACCUCUGCCGCACGUUUGUCAGAGGGUGCUGGCUUGCUCAGAGUAGUAGGGUUCUCUUUGUGUGUGGGAUUUUUUUUUUUUUUUGAGGGGAGGCGUAGUGACAAGAGUCUCAAUCCAGACUGGGCCCCUGGGGCUGACCGUAGCUCCGGCCACCGCCAGGCUCAAUAGAACACUGGCCACUUGCCUGUCCCAUCCAACUCCAGUGUGGUCCCAGCAGGGAGCCAGCCCAGGAUGAGGGGGGGCAGGGCCACCCCCAGGCACAGACAAUAGGGUUGGGCGGAAGGGUGCUGUUCAGAGGCACCUGGGGUGGGGAGGUCCGGAAUGCAACUGGGCAUUUGGGAAUGCCUCUUGGAAGAAGAGACUCUUAAUCUGGGUCUUGAAGGAUGAGUAGGAGCUUGCCAGGUGGGAAAGGGUGGAGUUCAUUCCGGGCAGAGGCUGAGGCCGGAAGUGUGAGACAGCCUGACAAGUUUCAGGGAGAGUGGCUGGAGCUUGGCUAGAACUGGAGAAAGGGGCAGGACCUGAUGCCAUGGCCUGAAGCGUUGGGGCCUUUGGGGCAGGGCAGUCAGCCCCGAGGAGGUCAGCGCAUUCUGGAGCAACGGUGACCGUGCCCGUGUAAUCCCCUCUGGGCUUGGGCAGGGAAGCUUCAUGGCGGCAGAGGAGACGUACUGGCCUGUGCCCAUGAAGGCCAUCGGUGCCCAGAACUUGCUAACCAUGCCUGGGGGUGUAACCAAGGCUGGCUACCUGCACAAAAAGGGGGGCACCCAGCUGCAGCUGCUCAAAUGGCCCCUGCGUUUUGUCAUCGUCCACAAACGGUGUAUCUACUACUUCAAGAGCAGCACGUCAGCCUCCCCGCAGGGCGCCUUCUCACUGAGCGGCUAUAACCGGGUGAUGCGAGCGGUUGAAGAGACCACGUCCCACAACGUCUUCCCCUUUAAGGUCAUCCACAUCAGCAAGAAGCACCGAACGUGGUUCUUCUCAGCCUCCUCUGAGGACGAGCGCAAGAGCUGGAUGGCCCUGCUGCGCAGGGAGAUCGGCCACUUCCACGAGAAGAAGGAGCUGCCCGUGGACACCAGUGACUCCAGCUCGGACACUGACAGCUUCUAUGGCGCGGUGGAGCGGCCCGUGGACAUCACCCUCUCUCCAUACCCCACAGACAAUGAAGACUACGAGCAUGAUGACGAGGAUGACUCAUACAUGGAGCCUGACUCCCCCGAACCCGGGAAGCCCGAGGAUGCCCUGAUCCACCCACCCACCUACCCGCCACCCCCAGUGCCCACAUCCAAGAAGCCGGUCUUCUCCGAGGUGCCCCGCGCCCACUCCUUCACCUCCAAGGGUCCAGGACCCCUGCUGCCACCCCCACCCCCUAAGCAUGGCCUCCCAGAUGUGGGCCUGACACCUGAGGACGCCAAGAGGGACCCACCGUUGAGGCUGGUUGAGCCUGGCCCCAGGGUACCUGCCAGCUCCCGAAGGUCUAGUGACCCCCCACUGGGUAGCCUGCUUGCCACACCUAGCCUCCGGAAGCCCCCUUGCUUCUGGGAGAGCACCUGCCCCAGUAAGAAGCCCUGGACCCCUGCCCACGGGACCAGUGCCAUCUCUGCCGCUGUGGCCGCCACUGCCACCAGGAACUGUGACAAGCUCAAGUGCUUCCACCUGUCCCCCCGGGGGCCACCCAUGCCUGAACCCCCACCUGUGCCGCCCAGCAAGCCCAAGUUUCUGAAGAUGGCUGAGGCGGCCACCCAGAGGGAAGUAGCCAAGCCUGGACUCUUUGUACCCCCUGUGGCCCCCAAACCUCACGCCCUGAAGCUGCCACCACCUGAGGCCCCAGCCCAGCCUGAGAUUUUGCCCAGGCCAGAGAAGCUGCCACUGCCCCACCUCCAGCGAUCGCCCCCAGAUGGACAGAGUUUUAAGAACUUCUCCUUUGAAAAGCCCCGGCAUUGCUUGCAGGCAGACGUUGGCCAGGAGGACUCAGAUGAAGGCUAUGAGAAGGUGCCGCUGCCCAACUCGGUCUUCAUCAACACAACGGAAUCCUUCGAAGUAGAAAGGUUGUUCAAAGCCACAAGCCGGGGAGAGCCGCAGAAUGGUCUCUACUGCAUUCGGAACUCCUCCACCAAGUCUGGGAAGGUACUGGUAGUGUGGGACGAAACCGCCAGCAAAGUGAGGAACUACCGCAUCUUUGAGAAGGACUCCAAGUUCUACCUGGAGGGCGAGGUCCUGUUCGAGAGCGUGGGCAGCCUGGUGGAGCACUACCACACCCACGUGCUGCCCAGCCACCACAGCCUGCUGCUGCGGCACCCCUAUGGCUGUGCCGGGCCCAGGUGACCCUGCCCCGGGCGGCCGGGCAGACAGGCCACGCAAACGGAGACGGACUACGCGGGAGGAGGAACCGGCUGCAGUGGGAGGAGGAGCCGGCUGCAGCACGUUGCCCUAACCCGGGCUCACGAGGCUGGCACCUUCUAGAAUCUGGCCAGGCCCAGCCCCACCCAGCAGGCUGGGUCCCCAGGGCUGGGCCCAGGGCACGGGCUGCUGCAGACUGAGGGGAUCUCCCUCUGUGCCCUGUCCUUUCCCACCUCCCAGGAGCCCAGAUCCCAGGACUGAGCCACAGCUAGUCUUCCUGGACAGGCAGCCCGGCCCUGGCCCAGCAUAUCUACCCUCAAGGGGCCGGGAGCUGGGCAGGCCGGAGCAAUCAAUGGGGGCAGGGCUGGUCCCAGCACCCACAGUAACGCUAAGACACAGGCCCCUAGAGGGCCCUUGCCACACAAUAAAGCACAAAGGACCUUUGCCUCAGUGCCCGGGGCUUGAUUGGGAAGGAAGGAGGACCCAGGUAUCCUGAGCACCUGUACAGAUGUGCACAGGGACAGGCCAGCAGGCUCCAAGACCUCAGCCUUGGCUGCUGUUACUCUUCUGGGCUUACAGGGCACAGGGUUCAAGGGACUUGUCCAAGGCUCACAGCUAGUCAGUAACAUAACAGAGGACCCGGACCCUCGGCAGUCUGGGCUCAGAGCCACACUCUGAAAUGCCAGGCUCUGUCACCACAGGUCAGACCCCGGGCUGGGCAGCAGGGCUGAAGCACCCAAGGCCCCCCACAACUGCAGAUGGUUUAUUCACAGAAUUAAUGAGCAGUUAUCGAGCGGCUCCUGGGAGCCUGGCACCUGGAGCUGGGUGUGCAUGUGAGCAAUGCCCUGUCCUGGCUAGGGGCUCGCAAUCCAGCGUGGGGACAAGUGAACAUGAGGCACUCAUGGCGCAUAGUGUCCAGAGCAGCGGUGUGUGGGGCUGGGGAGCUCGGAACCCAGCAUGGGCCAUAGGGAGGCUUCCUGGAGGAAGUGACGGCUACCCUGGGGCUGGAGGAGUAGGCCUGGCUAGGCCAAAGGUGGGUGCGGCUGGUGUUACCCAGGUGCCCCAGUCGCCUAGGGAUACCUGGCCCAGCCCUGAUCGCUUCUCACUUUCUGCCAUGAAAUUCCAGCAGGCCCUCUCCUGGCAUGGCUGCCCAAGCUAGAUUUGUCAUGAAAGUAGACUUAGCUGGGGUCAGGGCCAGAAGGGACCCCAGGGUCAGGCUUGGCUGAGGUGAGGGCCAGAAGGUACCCCAAGGUCAUACUCCACUGGGGUCAGGGCCAGAAGGGACCCCAGAAUCAGACUCAGGGUCAGGGCCAAAAGGAACCCCAGGAUCAUGCUUGGCCCUGGUCAGGGCUGAAAUGGACCUCAGGGCUACACUCAGCUGGGGUCAGGGCCAGUAGGGACCUUAGGGCCAGACUCAGCCUGGGUCAGGGCUGGAAGGAACCCCAGGGUCAGGCUUGGCUGAGGUCAGGGCCGGAAGGGACCCCAGGAUCACCUGCUCCUCACCCCACUGUAUGUUGGGGAAGAAGAAGCUUGCUCUGUAAAAACCAAGCCAAGGACAGUGGAUGACUAACCCUCCCUGGGAAUGGGCUGUUUCUUUGGAAGCCACCAGGCGUGUUCUGAGGGGCUAUGUGUCUGCUGCUCUGGAGGAGAGAGAGAUGAAGAGGGCUAGUGGAGGUGGGAGACUGUGGCCCUGGGGGCACCGAGGAAUGCAGUGGGGCGACAGGCCCCGCGGACGGCAAUGUCCCUCUGCUUCCAGGAGCUGGAUGUCCAUGCAUCUCCAUCUCCGCAAGUGCUUUCUCGUCAGCCCCUCCUGGGAGGGUAGGUGUGGGCGCAGUAGAGUUUGGGGCACUGGGAGUUUCUGGCUGUCCGUGCCAUCUUUGGGGAACGCCAGCGAUUCUUUCUCCCUGCAGUUGAAAUUCUUUACUCUCUGCCCUGAACUCGGGAACCCUGGGGGAGGCAUGCCAUCCCCCCUCUAGGCUGAGGUGUCCCUUCUUGCAAAACUCUAAAAUGCGUGGUUGGAUCGGAGAAGCGGUUUCCAGCCAGUGCCAAGGCCUGCAGGGUGUGGCAGGACGUGGGGCCUUAUCACCCUUUAUGAAUUUCUGUGGGGUCUUUGGAGCCAGCUCACUGGCUGAAACAUAUUGGAAUAGCUGUCAGAACUGGAAGGUUUGGGGUCCUGAGGCCCAGAGCUGGGUGACAAGUCCUCUGGCCACCUGGACAGAUGAGGCCUAUGGCUUGUGAGGCGCACUCUGGCCCAGCCCUGCUCACCUCACCUUUUGGGCCUGGGGCCUGCCGGGCAGAGUGGCCCACCUCUUCUCAAACUGCCCCCUGGUCUGAGGCCUCAGUUGCAAGAGUGUGUGUAUUGCGUGCCAGGGGCAGGGUCUCAGGCCAUAGUCUCCCGGCGCGAAGGUGCGGCCAGAAGGGGUUCCCACCCCCUGCCGAGACCCACCAUGAACGUUCCAGUCCAUUUACUGAACACUUCCCAGUUCCUACUGCUGGGCUGGGGCCUGGACAUUUGCUCGGACAAACAGCUGCUAUUACACCCAUUUUAGAGAUAAGAAAACUGAGGCUUAGAGAGGCCUGGGUUCAAGUCCCAGCCCUGCCACUUACUGCUAUGUGACCCUGGUCUGUUCUUCACUGCUCUGAGCCCAGGCCCUGGUCCCACCAACCCUCACAACCCAUAGUCAUUUAGAGAGUGUGUUUAGUCCACUCCGUCUGCUUCCAGGGCUUUGGGAGUGCCUCACCCAGCAGAGCCGUUCCCACUACCUACUGCCUACUCCCAACUCUGGGUCACUGCUAGGGAGAGGAAUCACAUUGAGUGGAGCGCCCCCUGCUGUCUGGGGCUCAGGCUGCAGCUCCAAGGAGACGCUUCUAGCGUCUGAGGCCCUGGUGGGGUCCCUGAGCAGGGGCUAGGGAAGAAAAGGCAGAAAGCCUGGGCCUGCAGCGCUUCUUGCCUGGAAGGGGAUGGCUAAGAGGACACUAAGAUCAUUCCAGAGGAGGUGGAGCAAGGGGAGGGGUCACAGCCUUCUUUGUGGUCCAGCAGCAUUGAGGCCCCCACUGGGCUCACUUACACACAGCCUACUGCUCCCUGUCUGUCUUCAUGUUCUGAUGGCAGGCCUUGGGGAGGGACUCACCCUCACGGGGCGCAGUGGCCCCCCAAAGGUGAUGGAUAGACAAACCCUCACCACCAGAAAAGUGUAUGCAAGUUAUGGUCCCUUUCAGGCUCCCUGCCAGCCACUCUCGCAGAAGGGAGAUUCACGGUGUGUGGAGCAGACCCUGACCUCACCUGCCCCCCUGAAGACCCUUCCUUGGCUCCUCAAGGACCUCAUUAGGCCAUCGAGGCUGCCUGGCAGCUGCCCCUCCAUCACCCUCCAGCUUCAGCCCUGGCCAUGCCUGGAGCCACUCAGAGUUGCAGCAUGCUCAUCCCGUCGCCCCUCCUUUAUUUCCUGUGGAGUAAAACACACAUAUGGACAAGUGGAAAUACCAUAAACGUACAGCCUAACCAAUUCUGUAUAAUCAUGACCCCCGCCGACAAAUAGCUUCACCAGCACCCCAGAAGCGCCUACUUGCCCUCCCCAUCACAGCACCCCUGACCCAUGUAUGCCUUUGUUGUUGUGUUGUGGUUAGCUGCCAUCUAGUCAGCCCCUGACUCAUGCCGACCCCACACACAACAGAAUGAAAUGUUGCCCAGUCCUGUGUCUGUCACGUUUGGCUGGGGAUCAGGCUGGGUUUUCGUUGGCUGAGUUUUUGAAGUAGAUUGCCAGGCCUUUCCUCCUAGUCCAUCUUAGUCUGGAAGCUCCAUUGAAACCUGGUCAGCAACACACAAGCUUCCACUGACAGACAGGUAUUAGCUGUACAUGAGGUGCAUCGGCUGGGAUUCGAACCUGGGUCUCCCGUGUGGAAGACGGGAAUUCAACCACUGAACCAGCACUGCCCCCUUCUCUAGGCCUUUACCUCCCAAGUGUGCACGUAAACCCCAGGGUGUUGCCUGCUUGUGUGUUAUUUGAACAGAAUUACACAGGUACAGGCUUGAGUGCCUGGCUUCUUUUGCUCGGCAUUCUGUCUCGUGGGAUUUCUCCGUGUCGCUGUGCAUAGCUGAGGUCUGUUUGAGUUCGUUGCUGCGUGCCAUUCUGUUGUGUGACCGUAUCAGAGCUCGUGUAUCCCUUUAACUGUAGAGGGACUUUUGGGUUGUUUCCAGUUUGGGGCAACCACAGACAAUGGGAACAAUCAAUGGUAUUCAUGUCUGUAAGGCAUGUGCAUGAGUGUCCCUAGUGUCUGUCCCCAGGAGUCUGAUUCCUGCAUCCUAGGGGAAGGUCCCCUUAACUGUAUUUCAAGAAUAUUCUUCCAGUUUCCACUCCCACUGGGCACCACAUCAUUCUAUCACUCCAAUUGCUUGGUGUACCUUUCAUUCUUGCUGAUCUGGUGGGUAUAUAAUUACGGUUUUAAUUUGUAUUUAGCUAACUUCUAAGGAGAUUGGGCACAUUUUCACAUGUUUAACCAUUUUGAUUUUCCUCUCCUGUGAAAUGUCUACUUGAGUCUUUUGCCUGUUUUUCUAUGUGCUGUGUGUCUUUUUCUUAUUAAUCUGUAGGAGCUCUUUAUGUUGUCAGGAAUGGGUUACAAAUAUCUUCUCUAACUCCAUGGCUUGUCUUGGCUGUCUCUGUGUUGUCUUUUGAUAACCAGAAGUUCUUCUUUUUUAAAAAUAAUUUGUUUUAUUUUUUGUUGUUGUUGAAAAAAUACACAGCAAAAACAUACACCAAUUCAAGUUUCCACAUGUACAUCUCAAUGACAUUGAUUACACUCUUCAAGUUGUGCAACCAUUCUCACCCUCCUUUUCUGAGUUGUUUCUCUACAUUGACAUACACUCAUUGCCCCCCUAAGGUUCCUAUCUAAUCUUUUGAAUUGCGGUUUCCAAUUUGAUCCCACGUAGAUAAUUCUUAAAGAGCAUAAUUCUCAAGGCAGACAUUCUUUACUAAUUAAGCUAAACUAUUGUUUGGUUAUAAGAAGGCUUUAGGGGAUAUUUUUGGUUUAAGAUGUAAAGAUUAUCUCAGGGCAUUAGUUUGGGGGGUUCAUCCAGACUCCAUGGCUCCAGAAAUUCUGGAUUCUAUGAAAAUUUGAAAUUCUGUCCUACAUUUUCCCCCUUUUGGUCAGGAUUCUUCUACAGAAUCUUUGAUCAAAAUUUUCAGUUGUGAUAGCCAGGCACCAUCUGGUUCUUCUGGUCUCAUGGCAAAGGAGGCAGUUGUUAAUGGAAGCAACAGAAGUUCUUAUUUUUAAUGCUGUUGAGUUAUCAAUCUUCCCAUUUUGGUUGGUGUUCUUUGUGACUUUCCGGGCUCCUGACCAACCAGCAAAACCAUUUUCUACCGUGCAGCUUAGUCCAUAUCUCUCUCCACACAAGGUGAAUGGCCAAGUUCACCAUGUGGAUGUUUGCCUACUGGGACGAUUUCCCCUCUCCACUAUUUUUCAGGGUGACUCCUGAGUGAGGACAGUGCAGCACCAGGCUAUGUCCAACUCACACUAACAUAUUGAGCCAAGCUCCCUGGGAACCAAGCUCAGGCUUUUCCCUCCUCUGUCACUGGGUCAUAGGGAACUCCCCUAAGAACCACAGGUGUGAACCGAGGGGCAGACAUCAGUGCUAUAGCAGUGGGUGUUGUGGGGUCUGGACCACCUAUCUCUGGGCCUGCUAGAGUUCCACCCUAGAUCUACCACUUCCAGAUUAUGAUGGAUCCCUGCUGGACCUGCCUGACCUUAUGAGCUGGUGGGUCUGACAGCUCACGAUGGGCAGUCCUGGCCUAUGGUCUCUCAACGCUCCAUAGAAAUGUGCUGUUUCUACCAGUAGCAAACUAGAAACUACUUUGUGAGCUUCUUGGAUCUUUGGGUUUGUAGUUUUCAUAAAGUUUGUAAGAAUUUCAGCCAUUGUAUCUUUAAAUAUUAUUUCUAUCCCGUUACCCCUCACCUCCACUUUCAGAGACACCAAUUAUAUAUAUAUUAGGCCCCUUGAAGUUGUCCCACAGCACAUUGUGGUCAUUCUUUUCCAUUCUCUUUUCUCUCUGUGUUUCAUUUAGAUUCUUUUGUUAUGUCUCCAAAUUCACUUAACCUUUUUUUCUGCUGUGUCUAAUCUGGUAAUCCCAUCCCGUGUAUUUUUCAUCUCAGACAGGGUAUUUUUCACCUCUAGAUGUUUGCUUUGGGCCUUUUUUGUAUCUGCCGUAUCUCUACUUAACACACUCAUACCUUCCUGUCCCGCUCCCUUUCUCCUUCUCUUCUUUCGGCAAGCCCUCACUGAUACCUCUUGAGGGUCAGACCUUGUGUUAAGUGGGAGCAAGAAGUGAGAAGUGACAGAACUUGGAGUCUUCUGAGAAAAGUCAACUUCUUGGAGAAGUGCCCCAAGAAAGGUCACUUACGCCCACAGACAGUAUUCCCGACCCUUCUCUGGGCAAAGUGGAAGGGGGCCCCGUUGGGAGAGGAGGCCUGAGUUCCACACUAUUUUGCCACUGCUCCUCUCUGGGCCUCAGCUUCCUGUGGGUGUAAUGGGAACAACAGGUCCUGCCAGUCUGUUUCCCUUGGCCCUUUUGGGGCUCAGAUGAGAAAACAGGAGGGAUAGUACGGGGAAGGCGCUGUUCUGUCUGGUCUCGUAAGCUAGACUCCACGUCAUUGGCUGGUGGCCUGGCCCUACCAGUGCCCUGUCCAAAUUCAUUCCCUGGCCCUGCAGAGGUGAGCCAGCUUCAUCAGGCCAGGGCUCCCGGUGCCGAGCAGCGGCCCCACCUGUGGAGCCUUAUCAGGGCUCACACACUGGCCCCACCUUGUCUGCCAGCCCCGCCCCAAAACUCUGCCCGCGGACCCGCCCUUCCGCAGGAGCCUCUGGGGAACCAGCGCCCCGCGGUCUGCUGGAGAAGGGUGAGCGAGUGUCGUGAGGCUGGGCCCCUGGGCUCUGUACGCCACGCCCCUGCCUCCCCACUGACCCGGGCCGGGCAGCCCCCUGGCCGGAGGAUGAGGCUGUGACCCAGAACGGGCCGUUUAGCGUGCGCGUCCUGUGGACCUGGCCACAGCAGGCCCCCCAAAAACGUCUGACGACCGACAGUGAAUGAAUGAAUGACUGGUGCCGGCUGGGGGGGCGCCCCAGGGCUAUGGGAGGCGCGGCUUGUGCAGCCGACCGUCAGCGACA